GCAGGGUUGUGUGUGUGAAUACUUGACAGUCAAAAAAAUAUGAGUUCACUCAAAAAACAAGCAGAACUUAAUCGAAAGUUUUCAGGUUCUCAAAAUACAGUUCAAAAUUUAAACCACACUGGACGAAUUCAUGGCCCUUCAUUGUCCUAGUUCUUUUUAAAUGUGCGCUGUGUCACCCCAGAGCUGUCCUGUGGCCAUCAAGGAGAAAAAGAUGUAACUCAUCAGCUGGAAAAUGAAAUACGCAAAUAGCAGAGCAAUGUCUCCACAACCACAAAUUCCUUUUGUACCUGUGGCGAAUCCCCUCAUUGUAAAAGUGAGUGCUCCAGGUGAGCAAACAGAGGCAGCAAUGGCAAACUCUCCACUCCCACCAGUCAGACCUCCAAGCAGGCAAGUACCAUCAUCAUCCAUGACUAAUGGUCAUCUCUCACCCCUGAGAGAGUCAAGCAAGCAAUCACCAGUUUCAUUAUCAUCUAUGGCAUCUGCUCCCCUCCCACCAUUAAGAACUCCAGACAAGGAAACUUCUUCCUCCUUUUCCUCGUCCUCCUCGACCACAAAGGUUUUUCUUCCUCCACUGAAUGUUUUAGACAAGAAAGAAGCAGUAACAAUCAAACCCCCUUUUCUCCCUCGACUGAGUUCUUUCAUCAAACAUGCAGAAUCAACAGCAUCAGCAGCAAACUUUUCUUUUCAGAGCCCUCUUGACAGAGCCCAAGCAGCAAAGAACAAAGGCAACAAGUAUUUUAAAGCAGGAAAAUAUGAGCAAGCCAUUCAGUGCUACACAGAGGCCAUCAGUUUAUGCCCCCCCGAGAAAAACAUUGACCUUUCUACUUUCUACCAGAACAGAGCUGCUGCACAUGAACAACUGCAAAAAUGGAAAGAAGUGGCACAAGAUUGCACAAAGGCAGUUGAGCUUAAUCCUAAAUAUGUGAAAGCUCUCUUCAGACGUGCAAAGGCGUAUGAGAAACUAGAUAAUAAGAAGGAAUGUUUAGAAGAUGUCACUGCGGUCUGUAUUUUAGAAGGUUUCCAAAACCAGCAAAGCAUGUUGUUAGCUGAUAAAGUUCUUAAACUUCUUGGAAAAGAAAAGGCCAAAGAGAAAUAUAAGAACCGUGAACCUUUGAUGCCCUCUCCACAGUUCAUCAAAUCUUACUUCAGCUCUUUCACAGAUGACAUCAUCUCUCAACCUCUGCUUAAGGGUGAGAAAUCUGAUGAAGAUAAGGACAAGGAGGGGGAGGCUUCAGAAGUUAAAGAAAAAUCUGGCUAUUUAAAGGCAAAGCAGUAUAUGGAAGAAGAAAACUAUGAUAAAAUCAUCAGCGAGAGCACAAAAGAAAUUGAUGUUAAAGGCAAAUAUAUGGCAGAAGCUUUGCUGCUGCGAGCCACUUUCUAUCUGCUUAUUGGCAAUGCAAAUGCUGCCAAACCUGAUCUAGAUCAGGUCAUCAGUAUGGAAGAUGCUAAUGUAAAGCUCCGUGCUAAUGCCCUGAUCAAACGAGGUAGUAUGUAUAUGCAGCAGCAACAGCCUAUGCUGUCCACUCAAGAUUUUAAUAUGGCUGCUGAUAUUGAUCCUCAGAAUGCAGAUGUUUACCACCACAGAGGACAGCUGAAAAUCCUUCUUGAUCAAGUUGAAGAGGCUGUGGAAGACUUUGAUGAAUGUAUUCGAUUACGACCAGAUUCUGCCUUGGCACAAGCACAGAAAUGUUUUGCACUGUAUCGCCAAGCCUAUACCGGAAAUAAUCCUUUACAAGUUCAGGCAGCCAUGAAAGGCUUUGAGGAUGUCAUUAAAAUAUUUCCAAGGUGUGCUGAAGGUUAUGCACUCUAUGCUCAGGCAUUAACAGAUCAGCAGCAAUUUGGUAAGGCUGAUGAAAUGUACGAUAAAUGUAUUGACCUUGAGCCAGACAAUGCUACUACCUAUGUUCAUAAAGGUUUACUUCAGCUUCAGUGGAAGCAGGAUCUAGACAAAGGCUUGGAGCUCAUAAGCAAGGCCAUCGAAAUUGAUAACAAAUGUGAUUUUGCAUAUGAAACUAUGGGAACGAUUGAAGUGCAACGAGGCAAUCUGGAUAAAGCCAUUGAAAUGUUCAACAAAGCUAUUAACCUGGCCAAAUCUGAAAUGGAGAUGGCCCACCUCUACUCACUCUGUGAUGCUGCUUAUGCCCAGACAGAAGUUGCAAAGAAAUAUGGACUGAAACCGCCAACAUUGUAAAGAAACAAUGAGGGGGAGGGAGAGAAUGACCUUUUAAAAGUAAAGUUGCCCACGUCAACCUAGCCUUGAAGACACUGUUGCAAACGAUGUUGAAUGGUGGAACUUAGUUUUUUCCCGUUUGUGGUGGUGUCAUUUGUUACAUCUGUUAAAUGUUUAGGUGUUGUGGGAGUGGCUGUUGAAGGAAGUAUGCUGUGCUGCGACUUGUUCCCUAUGCAGGAAACCUUACCAGCUGUUAAGGAAAAUAAAACAAAGUUGCAAGGGAACAAAGGAUAUUUUGGCCAUGCAAAUAAAAACUUUAAUUUUUGGGUGAUGAUGAUGUGGAUGAUUUUUGCUUUAUCAAAAUAGAAUUUUACAGCAUGUUUUCCUGUUGAUUUUAUAGUUGUUAAUGCUGUAAAAUAGGUUUCUUUCAUAUGCAGUUAAUUUCUAUGGGUUGACUUUAGUUUUGCAAAAACAAAACUUAAUUUACUAAACUAUUUAAUUGUAGGGAUUUUUUAAAAGCCAAUAGAUGUGAAGACAAACCCUGUAAAUACAUCCAAGCAUGCACAAUCUUCCCUUACCUCUUCCACCCUCUGCAUAACUACUUAAAAUGGUCCUGUGGCAGCUAUUAAGAGGUUCCUUUGGUAGUCAUUUUUCUUCUCCCCAAAAAGCACUUGUGUACUAUAUUUGAGAGCUAUUUAAAAAAGCUUUCGUUAUGCUAAAAAGGAAAAUGCCCUUUCCUUCUACAGUUGUCCUCACUCUAACGCCAGCAGAAAUUCUUAAAGCUUCCCAGUGCUUCUGAGAAUUUUUUAAGAAACUGAAUGUUGUGCUGAGACGAACUGCCAAGGUAUGGUCGUGCCUGAGUUCAAACUUGGGACAGUUCAGAGUUUUGGCCUAGAUGUAACAGAUAAUAUGAUGUUUACAUUUAAACUCAAGAAAUGCAUAGAUCCUUGUUCUAGCCAAGUGUUUGUAAAUUCCCACGAGAGGAUUGGAUGAGAAAAUGAACAAAGCUGUCUGAACUGCCCAGGAAUGGAUUUGGAAUCUUAAUUUUGUUACUUAGAGCCCAUAUUUGCUAAAAUUACAAAUGUUCAGUAGAAAUAACACAGUUGUUCAGUGAACAGCAUGUUCCUUCUGAUUGACUUUUUCUUAGAACACUAGUAUAAAGUCUUCCUAGGGCUAGGAACUGUAAAGGGCACUGUAGAUGCUGCUCAUUACUCUUUGGAACCAAAGUCAGUCCAUGCUUGCCUCCCACUAGCUUCAUGGGAGGUAGGGAGCUCUUCUUACCUUGCAUCUCAUCAAAUUGCAUACCCUUAAUUUUGGGUCUUAUCUCCACCCCCAAACUAUAUGCAAAUCUAUGGUGACUUUCUAAUCUAUGUCACUUAAAGGAAUGAGCUAAGCAAGUGCAAAACGAUCUGCUAGCUCUGGCAUUAAUGGGGCAAGCUGUUUUUUUUUUGUUUUUACCUUAGCCUCCCUUCUUUCCCCUUCCCUCCCAGCAAUUGCUCUGAAUAAUGGGGUGGAGGAGGACCUGGAGACAUAUUGGCUUAAUCCUUCCAUUUACACGAUUCAGGAACCAGUGGUAUUGGUAUGGAAUGAAAAAUGAUUGAACAAGCAGGCUCAAAGGACACUUCAUUAAAGAAGAGCAUGGGGCUGCUUAUGAAAUUUUCAACGUGUGUUUCUAUUAAUUGAAAACAGAAACAUGCCAAAUCCUCAGAAACUACGUAUAAGCUUCACUGUAUCCUGUUCUUCAGCAGGGUUUUUAUUUGCAUGGCCUUAUCUACAACAGACAGUUAUUUUUCCUCCUCCUCCUCCAAAAGAUUAAGGGGAAAAAAGCAUGUGCUGCCUAAUACUAGCAUUCCACAUCACGGACUGUUGCCUGCUCUUCAGAUAGUUGAAACUGCACUGAAAGAUGCAUUUGUCUGUAAUUUUUUUUUGUAAAUGACUUAUCACCUGUAAAGUCACCAAAUAAAUAUUACAUUUAGAUUUCUCUCUUUUA